AGGGGUAGAAAAUCAGCGGUGGGGAGGCCGAAAGCAUUGAAGCAACUGAGGACCUCUUUUCUCAGUUCGACAAUAUAUACAAUGGCGAAGUGAAGACGUUAGGAUAUUAGUUGAUUGAAAUACAAAGAUGUGUAGAUAUAUUCAGUUGUGUGUAUUCAAAUUAAUAACACCUUGACACAACCGUCAGUAUGCUACUAAAAAAUAUUAAAAUUAGUAAAUUUAAUAAUAAUGUGAUAUAAAGUGCUGCAGGCUGGCUAAGAGGAUGGAGACAUUGCUCUACAUGGUACUGUGAUUAGUUGUAAAUUAUCAUCGUUAGUAUCAUCAUAAUUACAAUGGCUUACUAUGAAAUGUACAAUAAUAGUUCACCUCCAUCCUUUUCAAAAAUCGAGCCAGCUUAUUGGAAUUAUACUGACCAUGUCAUCCUUGAAGAUCUUAAGAUAGACAGCAACUUCAUUUGGUUGCUUUGUUCAUUGGUAUCUGCUAUAUCUUGGAUUAUUUAUAUUACAUAUUAUAACAGUAGAGUUAUAGGAUAUAUUAUAACGAGACUGUUGAAUCGAUUUGUUGUAAGAGAUGGAUAUGUGAAAGUUGGAUCGUUUACGCUUUGUGCUUUAAGUGGUAAAAUAAUGUUUAGAGACAUAGUUUAUAUUACAACGGAUUAUAGUGUAAGGGUUCAAGAUGGAUGGGUAAUAUUUAGAUGGUGGAGAAGUUAUGUUCCUAAAGAUGUAUCUGAAGAUCUUUCACAUUCCGAUACACGUCUAUCUGUGUUAUUAAAUGGGUUCGAACUUCAUGUAUAUAAUCGCUGUCAACUAUAUGCUCGGUUAGAAAAAACAUUCGGCCUAUCAUCACAAAUGUUUCCUAAUGAUAAGGAAAAUCACACAUUUAAUAUUAAUGAAAGAGAUGAUAGUGGAUCUGCAAUGAGUAAUUCAGCAGCUAAUGAAUCAAGACAGCAAAUAAAUGCGAUGGACGUAUCACGGCAUAUGGAAAAUAUAAGAAAACAAGAAGCACAUGUGUUAGCAAGAACUUGGAGAGAUUUAAUUCCUGUUAUAAAAUUAGACAUUUGUUGUGGAAGAUUGGUCUUUGGUAAUCGUUUAGUACCUACGACACUUUCAAUCGUUGUUGAAGAAGCUCAUUUUGUAUAUUCAACAAAACCAGCAGCAUCUAGGCAUGAUCAUUUUAUGCAUUUCACCAAGUGUAAAGCAGAGAAUUUUAAGGUAAUUCUGGCACCAAGUCCCAAAUAUACUGGCAUGAUUGAUGAUCCACCGAGAUAUAUGGGAGAAGGAUUUGUGGUGUUAAGUUCAAAUAAUAUUGAGUUUUAUUACUAUAUGGAUGAGCCAGGAGUUGUUCCUGAACAUCCAGAAAUGAUUAGAUUAGCAAAUGGAGACAUGGUAGAAGCAAUGCCACCAAUUUGGGGAAUUGAUGUAAAAUGUGGCAAAGGUACAGAUUUUAGUUAUGGACCUUGGGCUGAUAGACAACGAGAGCAUUUGUUUAAAUUUUUUUUUCCUAAUGAUUAUCAACAACUGAAAGUUACUAAAUCACCAAAACCUGGUGAAAAAAGACAAGUGCAAUCAUUUGAUCUCCGUCUUUCCACUUUAAAUGAAGCUACUAUUGAUAUUCUCUUUAGUAAAAAUCGUGAAACUAAUGCUGUUCAUAUAAAUGUAGGAGCGGGGUCAUAUUUAGAAAUAACAAUGCCAUGGAUUGUUCUUCAAGACGGAUUCACGACAAAAAUAACUGGACAGUUAUUACAUCUUGAAGCAACGACUAGUUUACAAUAUCGAAGUUUAGUUGAAAGUGAAACAUUAGAAUUCGGAGUUAAAUGUCAUUAUCCAUUAAGAUGGAAUGAUUAUCAAGAAUGGACGUUGAAUUUGACUGGUUGUAAAGCCACUGCAAAUCUUGUUUAUGCACAUAAAGAAUUUUUCCAAGACAUGAUCAAUGAUUGGGCCAGUAAAUCACGACCAGACAUUCUUCAUUUUAUUCCUUAUACUUGGAAAUUUAGUCUUCUAUUGAAAGAAUUCGAAUUAAUUACUAUUUGCAACGAAUAUAACUGGAUUGAUUGCUCAUCACAAAACCAAGAAAAUGCCCAUAUUGCAUUUUGCGGUGAAAUAUUUGAUCUCUCUUUUGAUCUACCAUUUACUGAAUUUUUACCAGUAACUGUACCUUUACGAUUUUGGAUUCAAGGUGAAAGUGUAGAUCUUUCUUUUUUCCUUCCUGAAGUGAAUACAAAUCGUAUAAUUCUUUUAGCAAUAGAAAAAAAUGCAAAAAUAAUCACUCGAGAUGGUUCGUGUAAACAUUUAGCAGAUUUAACCAGACAGAAAAAAUGGAGAAACAUCUGUCAAAAAAGUCUAGGCUGGAUGGACUGUUGGUCUGUUCCUAUUGUAGCUUUAAGUAUUAAUUAUACUUAUCAUCCAUGUCCACCUUUAGGUCCUACACCUCAAGCAAAUAUAACGACCCCAGAGAAAGAAGAAAUUCUUCUUUCUCCAAUGAGAAUACCAAGAUGUAGAAAAUCUCCAGGACUUCAAUGGACUCAAGAUGGAAAUGUGAGACGAUUCGAUGUACAGUCUAUUUCACCUGAUAAAGUGAGCCUUGAACUUGAAAUAGGUUCUUCUAUUCUCAUACUUUAUGGAUCUCUUAUGAAAAGUUUUUUAAAUUUAAAAGAAAAUAUUUUUGGAAGUUAUCAAUCAUUUACGGAUAUGCAACAAAGUCGAUCUACAGUCUGUAAUAACUCGGAUAGUAGAAGUAAAGAUAUGCAAAAUAGUAGUGUAGAAGCCUCUGUUGUUGAAGAUGACGACAACAGGUCUAAGACAUUUGAUCCUCGGUACUAUCGACCUAUUGAAGUUACUGUGGGCAUAACAAUACAUGAUAUUCAAGCACAUUUGGUUAAAAACUGCAACGAAGAUGAUCCACCUUGUCCAGUGAUUAUUUUAGAACGCUUUGGAUUUGAAAUGAGAAAGGCAUUUAAAGAGACAGAAUUACAAUUGCUUCUUUCACCAGCAAUAAUGCUCCUUACAGAUAAUGUUUCAAGAAUGUCAAGUAAAGAGCGACAUUUAAGUCAAGGCCACUUGAUGUUGAGUGCCCUUCAAGUUCGUGGUCAUGCCAUGUUCAGUAACGAAGGAAGAAGUCUUGAUCAAGAAACUUUAGAAUAUGCUUGGUUAAUUGAAGUUCAAUUAGGAAAAUUAAGUGGAAAAAUUACAUCGCCGCAGCUUUAUCAUUUGGUGACUUCAUUAGAAACAUUUUUAUUGACAGUAAAGGAUACAGAGAAUUUGUUAAGACCACCAGGACUGCCACAUCAUUGUCAUCAUGGUCUACCACCUCUUCAAUGUCCAGAUAGUGAUCCAGAUAAUCAUUACAGAUGUCCAACAUCAGAAGAUAUCAAGUAUAGAAUGACUAGAGUAGCUAUUGAUGUAAUAGACCUGUAUAUUCAAGAAGCUGGUACUGCGACACAAUUAUGGAUUUCACCUAUUCGCGUGUCUACAUGUAAUUUACAUGGCCAACAAGUUAAAUCUGGGAUUACUGGAGUAAUGCCGACAAUUUUGAUCAGACAAUUUGUUUCUGCUGCCAGUUAUUUUGCUAACACAACUAGUAAUACAAAUACAACAGGUAGUGGGAGGUCUCAUACUAAUAGCAAUAAAGUAUCAUCAGGUGAUGGAUCUGAUAUGUGGCUUGAAGUUGGUUCAAUAUCUAUGGGCCCUGUAAUUAUUGAAGCUGCCAUUUCAUUACCAAAACCAGAACAUAAUUUACAUAUAGUUCAAAAUAAAUAUCUUAAAACACAUGACGAAGCUACAAAAAGGCUUUGGUUUCUUUGGCCUCAAGAUAACAGCAUAAAACCCAAUAAAUGUGGAUGUAUUGGUGGAUGUGCUUUCUUUGGCAACAAUAGAAAUGGUCCCAGAUUUUUCAAACCAAGUUAUUAUGAUCUCCAAGAUGGUAUAAACAUUGCAGCUUACCGAAUCAACACUUCUGGUAAAGAAAAAGGUUUUGGUCAGUCUAUCUUACAUGAUGGUCAAUUAGUAUUUCAUACUCCUCCAUAUAGUCUUCAGGAUGUAUCUUUGCAAGAUGUUACUUACCCAUUAUCAUCAGGAUUAAGAUUAGUUGUAGUGCCAGAUGGUCAUCCUCAAGCAGAAAAAACGAAAUCAGGAGUUGAUGAAGAUGAAAGUACAAAAGUCAGUACGACAUCUAAAAGUCCAGCCAGUGAUAAAAAGCUACCACCACUUGGAAGACGGUUUUCUUAUACUUCAAUUCGUGGAUCGAAUUUAAAAGAUAUUCCUUAUUCUCGUUUAGUGGAUGCCAGUCCAGUACAGUUACCACAAAAAUUGGAUUCCGAUUCAAAAUUAAAUAGUGAACGAAGCAGGUCCAUACUCUGCGUUCCGGAAAACACACCAAAGAGUAGCGCUUCAGAUUCUAAACUUGCAGUAGAUUAUUUUAAUACUCCUGAAACGGAUGUUUUACAACAAAGCAGUCCUCAAUCAUUACCUGUAGUAACUGCAAAUUCUGAUCCACGCUCAUCAAAAAUGCCUACUUCAGCAAGAAGUGCUGAUGGUGUCAAUAUUUCUGAUUCUUAUCAUUCAUCAUUAUAUGGAGAUGAAAGAUCUGAUUCUGAUGAAAGAUUAAAACAAGAGGUUCAAAGAACAAUAUCUAUGUCAUCAGAAAACCACUCAGAAGCAUUUUAUUCUGCUGAUGAAGAUCCUGGUCAUUAUGGAUCUGGUGGCAGUAGAACAUCUAGUUUAAGACAGUCUAUUGUAAGCACUGGCUAUCCUACACUCAUUCGUAAUGAUAGUAUGAAGAAAAAAUAUUCUUCAGAUUUAUCGAUUGUUGAAAGUACUGUUAGUGUCACAGGUGUAGGAGAAAAGGCACAUACUUUAGAGAGAGCUAAGCCUCAAAGAGAAUGCUUGCAAAAUCCUCGAGUGAUUCAAAGUCAUUUUCAAGAGUCUGAAAAAGAUCCAUCAACUCCACCUCUUCCACCUUCACCUCCAGCAGAAAAAAAUUUAUUACGUGACUCUUCUGGUAGUUCGGUCUCGUCAACUAGUUUCAUUUCUGCAGUGUCAUCACAGGAAGAUAUGACACUUGUUAAUCUUCACAUGCAAGUUAAUAAACCGAUUGUAGAUUCGCCACUACUCAUGUCAAAUUAUGUCAAUCACUUGACACAAGUCAGAUGUCCUAAUUGGAGUCAGUCAUCACUUUCAUCUGCUAGCGAUGCAUUUACUACUCCCAUGUUCAGGAGAACUGAAGAUGAAAGAUUGGUUUAUAUUGGUGGGCGAUUUACUCCAAAAUUCGAUGUCAUUACAGAAGGAUUUACAUCACUCAAAAUGGUCACACGCAACGAUAAUUCUCCAGUAAUUAAUUCAUCUAAUAACAAAACACCAACGCAUCCUUAUGUAUGGGAUAGUUCAGCUUUAAUUCAGUCAAAAGAAGAAGAUGAUGGUAAUGUGCUUGGUGAUAAUGAUGAAGAAUUAUUAGCAGUUCAACAUGAAACUGGAUCAAGCACAACAAUUAUUAUUAAACUAAAAGGAGAUGUUGAUAUUAUGAUCAGUCCAAUGGUUUUAGAAUCACUACAAAAGUUUAUUGAUGUUCUUACUCCAACACUUGCAACAUUACAUCCUCUGACUAUUUUAAAUCAUCUACAUAGUGAAUGUAUUUCCAGAGUUGAAGAUGCUAAUAUUUUGAAACAAGACCAAAGUUUAUCAUAUUGGAGUCAAGUUCAAACAAGUUCUAAAAGAUCUACUGCUGAGAGAAAUAUUAAAAAUGGUCAAGGUGAUGAAAAAAGUAAAACUGCUAUUCAAACGAAUGUCUAUGAAGAAAGUAUUACAACUCAAAUUCAAGGAACUAUUAUUUUACCAAAGAUAAAUAUAACUCUGUUGCAAACAUCAGUAGUUGAAGAAAUCAUAUCUUUCUCAGCUUUAGAUAAUAUUCGAGACUUGACAUGUGUAUCAUUAUUUGCAAUUUGUUUCGAAGAAGUAAAUGCACGUUUUUAUAAUGGAAAACAAGCUCGAGAAGUGGUUCAUACAUUCAAUAAGCCUGCGGUAAUGGCUAAUCAGAAAAAAGUGAAUAAAAUUAGCAAGGCUUUUUUAUCGGGUCAUCAAAGUGCUGCUGUUGUUACUGAAAUAAGUAGUGGAGAGACUGUCUACAUAGAAACAUCAGAAAAGCAGCAAGAAGAAAUAAUUAUCACUUUAAUUAUUGGUAAAGCUCACUCCCAGUUACGAAGACUGAGAAAUGAAUCAUCUAUCUUAAAGGAUGCUGUUAUUACAGCAAUAUCUGCUCAUCAUUCUAGAGUUUUAUUUACUCAUACUCGGCUAACAUCGCCUCUGAAGUGUGUGGAUUAUUAUUUACAUCAGCCUACAGAAGAAAAAGAGAAACAAAAUAAACAGACAACAUCACCGCAAGCCACAGAAGAAUUCACUUCAGGCAAUGGUGAAGAUCGUUUAGGUUUUAUAAUGUUUGAAUGUGGCCUGGAAGGAAUAAAGCUGAAGAUUGUAAAAAGAUCACAAUUUGAAAAAGGAGAUAAUGGUCAAGAUGAUGAUAAAAAAAAUGAAAGAGAAAUAUUUUAUGCAAGUAAUGUGAAAAAUCAUGAUGAAACAGAGAAUACUAAUUCCAAAACUAACACAAAUACACCAGCUACUACUAUAACUGAAACAGAUGGCAAUACUGCUAAUGGAACAGCAUCGAAUGCUGGUCCAAUAAAUUCCGGUGGAGUAUCGAAUAGUCUUGUAGCACGAUCCAAUUCAAAUGGUAACACUGUUUCCGGAGUUAUAGAGUUGAAAACUGUGUGGUUUAAUUUUGCUGCACCACCACGAGCUCCAAUCACCAGGAAAAUUGAUUUCACCAGACUUGACUGGAAUCUUCUUAGCACUGCAUCUCCAGCUAUAAAUGCAUGGAUGAACUCCAGUAAUAGAUUUGCAAUUCAAAUUGUACAUAUGUUUAGAAGUAUGUACAAGAGAUCAACUGCAGUUGUUGCUUGCUUAAUGGCAGAAGCACUAGAUGAACAGGGAAUUCAUAUGCCUGUGAAAAGCCGUUAUGGUAGACUUACUCCACUUGCUAAAACACUUCAAGAGGAUCCAUCUUGCCAGCUAUGUAGUAUUCUUCAAAAAUAUGUUGUUCUAUCGGAUUUGCCUACAAUUAAUACUAAUCUUUGUGAAUCGAAAGUUCCUCAUUUAUCAACUUUACGCCAGGGUGUCAUCGUUUUGAGCAGACAGUGGAAAAAUAUUUUAUAUACACCUCUACUUUUGGAGCAUAAUUACAAAACCAAACAUGUGAAGCCAUUAAAUGUUACAUUUGCAGUUUCUGAUCCAGAAGACGAAAAUUUGCUGACGGACGGUGAAGGUAGUGCAGGCGACGGUGACGAUCAAGAAGUAACAGAUGAAUGUGCAAUGCUCAUCCAUACGGACCAUAUGUACAAGCAUGCCCAGCAGGUGAAAAUAAGCCAGGACAAAAGUACAGGUAUUUGUGAUGGUGGUGAUGGUCUUACAGUCCCGGUGAGUUCACCACGUGGUUUAAGAGAUAAUAUAACUCCAUCUUCAACGCCUGUACCAGGUCCAGAUUCUCUGACAUCCCCUUCUCCACCUAUAGCUCAACAGACUAAAAAAGGCCGAUCAUUACAACCUACUCAAGUACCUGUUAGCUCACGAGCGAGUAUUGUUUUCCCAUUACUCGCCGGCGGGGGAUUAUUUAAUCCUCCACGAGACCCUAAUAAUAUCAGCUAUGGAACUCUGCAAGAAGAGAAAACUCCGCAAAUUCACGUAUCACAUUCCCAUAACAUGGGCUCCAAUCCUAGUAUUUAUUCCGGUGGAGCUGGAGGAGCUGGUGGUCAUGGUAGUCAUACUCAUAGCACAGGGAGUAUAGACCAGAUUACUUCACCAGUGACACAUCAGUCCAGUCGAAUCAUCAAUACUGGCGAAGAUCUUUAUAGCUGGAUGGCAAAACAACAAGAAUUCGUCAAGGACAACGAUAAAGGAAACUUGAAAGGGAACUGGGUCUUUCGGGCUGAACAAAAAACUACAACGAUGAAGGAUUCAAAAAUCAAUACAAUGACAACAGAAGAUACUGAAGAUUCAGACAUUCAAAGUGGAGCUUGUUUGUAUCCCAUGAAGGAUUCGCUUCGUUUAUUGGAUGCACAUCUUAUUUUCGAGCCGCUGCUCUCUUCACUCUCAGUCAUGCCUCAACAAAUGUUAUCAGCCAUUGGAUCUGGGAAUGUUCAUCAUAAAAAUAAUAACAAUGCCAAUAAUAGUAACAAUAAUAAUAUUUCUUCGUUUGAUUCUUUGGGUUCCAAUUUGUCACUGGUUGGUACUAUGGAUACAAUGAGAAUCGAUAUUGUUGUGAGUGAAUUUGGAAAAGUUUCAACAGAUAAAAAGAAACCUAAUAAGUAUGGAAUUAAAAAAGGAUCAAAGAUUUCUCUUGACAUACCUCCACCAGAAACACCAGCAUUUCUUUGUGAGAGAAUUGGCAUUGAUAUUGAUGUUAAGAAAAUGGCAGACAUGACGGUAGAUGAUAUGAUUCAGCGUCAGAAUAUUUUAUAUAUUUCCAGAGGUCAACUCAAAAAACAUACAAGUACAGUUGUUAAUUUUAGUUUGAAUAUUCGAUACAUUAAUCAACAAGUAAAUAUGCCGCUUUUACGAUUGCUACAUCAAAUCAGUAAUAUGUAUCAAAAUGUUAAAGAAACUCAGAUGGAAUUGAAAGAACAGCUACCAUCAGAAAGUAAACGAACUACUGCUAAUUUAACAGUCAAUGAAGGAACCAUCAAGAACGGAUCUUCUUCUACUUCAGAUGUUCAAGAGCAGCUUCUUUUGGCUGAAGAUGGUAGUAAAAAAUUGGAGAAACCAUUAUUGCAAGCUUCGUCUUAUACUCAAGAUCAAUUCAAGGUACUUUCACCAUCAAAUAGCAUAAGAUCUAGACCACAGAGCUUUGCACAAAAAUUAAGGAGCACUGGAAAGAGUGUAAAAGGCUAUAUUAAUUUAAAUGAAGGUGUAAUUACUCCUAGUAAUUUUGGUACAAGUCCUAAUACAGUGUCGGGAUUAGAUAAGUUUAGUGUGAUUAGUGAUAAAUGUAGCAAAGAAAGCUCAACCAAUUUAACGCCUCGGUGUUGGAGAACAAUUUAUUACUUGUUGGAUUUAUAUGCAACACGGCCGGAAACAAAAACGAUUACUCAUCGGUUCUCGUUUCCAGCUGAAGCAGAACAACAGUACGGAAAAUCUGGACGAUGGAAAUAUGAAAAUUUGAAUGAAACGAAAGAAACAGAUAUUGAAAAGGGAUUAAACAGAGAAAAUGGAUUCACACCAGUUCCUAAUCCACAACCAUAUAAAGAAUUAAAUGUUGUUACUGAUGAACGUACAAGAUUAUUUAUUUUCGGUGUCGCGAAAAUUCAUAGAACACGACUCUUAGCAACUUUAAGUGGAUUAAAAUUAGAAGCUGAAAUCACUAGCCUUCACGCGAGUUUAACAUGCCGGAAGAAAUCUAAGCCUGUCAGCUCGGAGUGCAGUUUAACUGGUCAAAUUGGCAGAACGAUGAUUGUUCUUUUAGAAGGAGUUGCUCCAAAUCAACAAACGGUUGUUAAAGUGACUGUUGGCAAAUCUCAAGCGUUAUAUUCUAGUAUGACUCGACGUCAUAAAGAUAAAAACAGUGGAUUGCUCACAGUUGGCGCAGUGAAUAUUGAUAUACCUCAGCACCCGGUAGCUUUACAUGGUAUGAUGACACGUGGUAGUAAACAAUUAUCCUCAACGUUACAAGAAUUACGUGUCACAAGAACUUCAUCGAGAAUGUCACGUGCCGGACAACAGCAACAACAACCAGAGGAAUCUGAUCCAGUUCCGCAAGGAAGUCCACAUCAUCAUGAUCCACCGACAUCUGCUACAAUUAUUGAUGUAGAUGUUGAUGUUGAAAAACCUCCUGAUCCAGGUCCUAGUCUUUUAGAGCCAAUUGUUAUGCAAUUCCAUAUUAUUUUACAAAGUUUAAGUAUUACUGCUGCACUUUUGCCUUCACUUCAAGCUCAAUAUAAAAUGGAUCAGGUUAAUAGUUCAGGAAUUACUGGCAGCAAAGCUAAAUUUACUAUUGAUUUACCACAGCAUAGCUUAAGUUUUACAACAAAACUUCAAGUUACUGAAGCUAAUCUGCCAUCUGAAGCAAGUAUUGAACUUCCCAAGGUUCACGUUUCAGCUGAAUACAUUCAAGAUGGGAAUAAUAAUUUAAAUGACACUAAGAUCGAUGGCGUGGUUUUGCGACAAGGAAGUUAUUUGAGUGCUACAGCUGAUAUUGGAAUAUUUGAACAUUCACUAACAACAGAUUUGUUAAAUCAUCUGGUUUUCGUACAAAAAGUUUUUAUGAAAGAGGUCAAUGAAGUUGUACAGAAAGUUUAUGGAGGUGAGAAACCAGUUCCUUUGUGGUUAGAAGAUGAAGAACCGACAAGUUCUAGUCUUAAAAGAAUAUUGUUCUCUCUCACCAUACGUAUCAAAAGGAUUCAAUUAACUGCUACGACUCCAACUAAUUCUGCAGUUCGUCUGGAAACGGGUGCAGUUGAACUACAAUUGUCUAACCGGGUUCAAAAUGUUUUAGGUUCAACCCAACCAAAUCCUUACAUGAAACUUUUUGGUAAAGCUCAGUUAGAUAUUAAUUUAUCGCUCGGGCAGUUGUUGAAAAAUGUAAUAUUUGAAGAAGCAGAGCCUGAAUUUCAACAGUUUGCAUUUUUCAAUACUCGAGUUGGCUUAAGAAAUGCGUUUCAGGAAGAAAUGGCUCAAGGUGCUGAUAAAGAGUUAGUUUUAAUUACACUGAAAAGACCUCUGAUUUAUAUUCAACCAAUGGCUGUGGAUAAAGCGAUUCUAGUCUGGUUAAACUAUAAAAAUGCCUACGAAUAUUGGAAUGAAAAAAGAGCGAAUCUUAAUAAAGAAGUGUUAACAGCUACACAACAAGUCUUUGAAAAAGUACCUUUUGGUCAAUUAACAAGUCAGCUAAGUUCUCAGCAUUUAGGUACUUUAUUCCUACAGCUCACUGUUGAUGAUAUGGGUAUUUGUAUACCUCUUAAUCCAUUGCCACCAAAUACUUGGGGAACAAUGACACGUGGAUUGUAUGAUGGAGAAUCUAGAGGAGCAGUUGUUGUCACUUUGGAAAAUACUAGUAUCUCGGCAUGUAGCAGUGGUAGCUUGGUUAGCAAAGGAAGGUUUAUUGGACUUUGUUUGAGAUUUGCUGAAGAUUUUGAAACGUCUCUUGAUGAUUGGAAACCAGAUAUGAAUGACAGCAGCAUUAUGAAUCUUUGUGUUGUGUCAGAAGGGACCUAUGAAGUGUGUAGCCGAACAGUUGCACAAAAACAAGAUAAAUCUGAUAACGCCAAGUGGUUAUUAAACGUUCAGUGGCAAAUGGAAGGUGUUGAUAUUCACAUGGACGUGAGUGUUGGACAACAGCUUUCAGCACUAGGUCACACAUUGACCAUGUUAACAGGUUCAGAAGAAGAUGAUGCUGGUGCAUCAGUCGAUUAUGACAGUGAUGAUGGAGAUCAACCUGAAAAUUGUUCUAGCCAGGUUAAGAAAAAAGAAAAUAUAUUGAUUAAAAAAUCAAAGUAUUGGACUGAUAACUUACCAGCAUUCGUUUUCGACCCUUCAUUAGAUGCUAAAAAAAGAUCUAAAUUAAUUGAAAAAGAAAUGCAUGAGCAAGCAAAAAUUAUUAAUGAUUUAAGAUCACUUGGCGCGUCCCAUGGAACGAUUGAACAAGAAAUGAAGCGUUUACAUGAGUUAGAAGCUAUGGUUUUUAAAGAUUUCCGUCGAGACAUGAUUCAAAAACUCAGGCGGCAGUCUGUUAAAGCUUCUAGUAUUAAAGGCAAGCUGGGACUUGGCAGCAAACCUAAUGCCUACCGUUCAAGAUCAUUUAUCGUACCAUCUCCAACUCCAGAACAUCAACAAUUAGAGAGUCCAGAAGAUAUGAAUACAGACAUGAACUCUGGAAACUCUGCAAGUUACGAAAGCAGUCCUCGAAGUGGUCCAAGUCGUUCGGCAUCAUUAAAAGUCAAUCGAGCACUUAGUAGUGGUAAUGGGAGUUCGGCUGGAGGCAAUGGUCCAAGAGUUACAUUCAAUGACAAUCACACAAUGUGUAGACAAUCUUCAUUGCCAAGUGCAAGUUCAGAUUUAAGUUUACCUGAGGUAAUAAGUGAAUUACAAUGGCCAGAGACUAUUGAUAUUGACGGCGAACAAGUGGAAAUACGCAGAAAAAAUCGACUGGACAUGAGUAAUGCUUCAAGUUAUAAUAGUAUGGAUGGAAAUGUACCAUUAAUUCAAACUUCUACUGCUUCUUCACCGUAUAUUGCAAUGCCCCAGAAACCACAAGAACCUAAUAUUGAUUUCGAACUUGAUGUCAAAGUAUUAAUCAAUAGUGGUAAAUGUGUUCUUCAUACAAAAGAUCCAGCUAGAGAAGAUGAAUUGAAGUUACUGAGUAGGAUGAAGAAAGAGCGAUCUUGUUCAGGUGGUAAUUUUGAUUUUCAACCAAGUAGUCCAAGUAGUAGUAAAAAACAUCUUGGCAGCAAAGAAAAAUCUGCAACAGCAAGUACUUCAAGAUUACGUUACAUGCAACAACAUCCUAGUGUUCCUCUGGUUGAUUUAACUAUUUUUCACAUUCCUGGCUUGGAUGUUAAGGUACAUUAUGAAUCGAAAACUCUUCCUGAAGAAGUGUCCAUUUCUCCACGUACUUCAGCUGAAAACAAUUUACUUAAUCCUACAAUAGGUAUUCGCAAAUCAAGUACAAAGAAGGCCAGUUUAUUUGCUUGGAUGACUCUUCAAAGUAUUCCAGAAGAAACAAUAAUUAGUCCUCAUAUAUUGGAAUUUUUGGAACAGACUCUUGAACCUAUUCCUUCCAGUAAAACUUUUGUAAAUAACAGCGGUGGGCAUGUUCCAAUAUUUCCGAUUGACAACAAUGAAAGUACAUCUUGGACAGCUGCAAGUGGAAAUUACGCUUAUGCAAGUUUCCCUGUAGAUGUUAUUGUAUAUUUCCAUAUGCAGCCAUCAACAUUUAGAUUCUCUUGUUUACCAGUGUCUCGAGUUGAAUGUUUACUUCAACUCCCUUCACUUGAUAUCGUAUUUUCAUCCAAACGUGCGGAAGAAGAACUUCCAGAAUUUCGAGAUUUUAAAUCACCAGGAGCUUCUUCAUCAACGUCCAGUGGAAAAGAAAGUUCCGCAAUUGGAGGUGUAUCUGUUACAGGUUGCCUUGCAGAUUUUUCAGUAUAUAUAUUCCAUCCUUAUGGUGGUGGAAAGAAAACUAGUUUAAAAGAGGCUCAGUGGUCACCAUUAUCAGAUAGUGAAAGAAAAGACUCACUAAGUAUAAAUGUUGAAUUUGUUAAGUUCCAUCUCUCAAGAAGUAGAAGAGUUAAUUUUCAAAGUGAACAAUCUAAAAAAGGAGUAACUUCAGAUGCUAGUAAAGCAGUUAUACGAUUUUCAACAAUCGUUGACAUCGGUUCAGCAUCAUUUAAAUAUGAUAUGAGAAGAAUAACUGAAAUUUUAGCUUUUCCUAAGGCCUGGUAUCGUCGUAGUAUCGUACGAAGGCUAUUUCUUGGAGAUUUAAACCCGGGUUUUUCAUAUUCUGAUGGUCGUGAUGACAAUUUACAGCCGAUCAGUCAAGAUGAAGCUGUAAUGGGUAGCUCUCUUUUAAAACAUUAUGAUAGACAUUAUGGGACUGGAGAUAUUUUAUCAAAAAGUGCACCAGAACCCAGUCCUACUUUACAGAGGGAUAAAUUAAGACUGAGCUUUGAUAGCGAAAUGCCAAGACAAAUGCGAUUAAAAGACAUUGGGCGAGGAUGGAGUUUUACUUCAGAAAAAAUAAACGCCACUACUUCAGAAAUGAAAAAGAGAGAAUCCGCUUGGGAAACAUUGGUGCUUUUUGCUAUUAAUUUUACACGACUUAAUGUUCAUAUGAAUAUGGGCAAUGUGAUGGGAAAUGUUGCUUGGAUGACCAAAGACUUCCGUUCAAAUGGAAGAUUAUCAAUAGGAAGUACAGGGCAUAAAAACUUAUUUAUUGGAAUUGGUUUAGGUGGAUCUAGUCUAGAUGCUAAAGGUGGAUUUGUUGGUGGAACAAUAGAGUUAAGUAAGAUUGAUACAUACAUUCAUAUUCGUGAAGAACCUGGUACUGAGCCGGAUCAUACAUUGGGUUUAAAAUUAUUCGCAUUAGAGUUACGGCUUGAUUACAUGGGCACAAGUGUUUUGAUGACAAGAGUAUCUUCUUUAGAUGUUACUUUGCGAGAUGAAUGGAAAAUUAAUACUCAAACUACUAAUAAUAAUGAUGCUUUUAUGCCAACAAGAAGACCAGCGAUUAUUUUUAUGCAUGGUGAUCUUGGUUGGGAUCAGUUACAGAUUAUGAUAAGUAAAUCAACGACUGCAGACUUACUUAAAAUGUUUUAUAAACUUGAUGAAUUCUUCAGUCAACAAUUCAAAAGUAGCAAACGAGUAUUUAGUUCUCUUCAACCGCGAAAUCAAAGAGUUAUCUCUAGCAAUAGUUUUAAAAAGAGACAACAGAAAAAGAAAUCAAGUGAUGGGCCCUGGACAUUAAAUCAAACAGCUAUAUCUGAUGCUAGACAUCAUCGACAUUGGCAACGAGUUUUAACACAAGUAGCAGGUUUACAGCUUGGCACUCUACAAUUUUCUUUACCCAGUAAUGGUACUGUUCUUGGAGGAACAAUGGAAUUACAUGGAUGCAAUAUUAGUCUUGCUUGUUUUCACGGAAUUAAUUUUAAAAGUAAAAAUUGGGCAUUAUUUUCUCUUAAAGAGCCUUGCAUCAGUUUUGCCACCGAAGCACAAGAAAUACCAAGUGUUGAAUCUGCAAAUACUUGUGAUGUUCACGUUGUUCAAACACUCACAAUAAGUCUUGGUCAACAACAGCAAGAACAACAUGCCAAACAUCAUUCCAUGGCUACUGUUUGCAAGUUGAGCCGAAGUGUUCUCUUUCCACCACAAUUUAAAUCUCUUCAAGAGUGGUUCCAUUAUGCUUUUGCUAAUAGUGAAAUUGAUGCUGUUGACCGGUUUCCGUGUGUCGAAAGAGAACGAUCAGAGGUACCACCGGAUAAUAAUACGAACAGUCGUGGCAGAAGUACAUCAUCAGCUUCUAUCAAGCUUCAAGAGCACACUCACACACGAGAAGUUAUUUUUGCUUUACCUUCAUUGCAGUUACACUUAAAAACUGAGCAUUUACAAACAGCAAAAACACCAGAUGUCAUAAGUGAGAAGCCGCUUGUGGAAUGCAGUUUCAUUACUGAAUUUGAAGAUCACAUAUUUGUUACCGUGGAUGCUGAAGCAUUCUUCUUUUUACAUGAUCUCAUCACUUCUUACGUCAAUGAAAAGGAAAAAGUACAUGCAGGAGGCUUGCGAACCAAUAGCCCCGAUCCUCAGGAAAAACGGAGUACAAAUAAAUCUCCAGCAUCUAAUUCUACGUCAAUUCCUUCAACCUCUAUCUCUGAAGAAGAGAAAAAACGAAAACAAUUCGAUCCAGCCGAAAUGUUUAUUAAAGAUUGGCGAUCAUAUAGGUGCAAAACAUGGCAUUUAGAACCGACUGUGAGAUUACUUUCAUGGGCUGGAAAAAGUAUUGAGCCUUACGGAAUAGAUUAUAUUUUACAAAAAUUGGGAUUUUCUCAUGCACGAACAACAAUUCCAAAAUGGAUUCAAAGAGGAUUCAUGGAUCCACUGGAUAAAUUACUAGCUGUUCUUAUGUUAAGAAUGGUUUUAGCUGUACGAGAGGAAACUACGAGUGACCGGGAAAAUAAAAAAGAAAGGAUAACGCGUAAUGCCGUAUAAAAUCAAGUGAAAUAAAAGACAAUUAAUUAGAUUUUACAAGCAACGACUAAACACAAAUAUAGAGUAUUAUUCAUUGUCAUGCUUAGUCGAGCUUUAGGUGGAAAUUAAACACUAAUUAUAGUUAAUGAAUUUGGAGAAAUAUUUUUCGGGAAAUAAUUCGGUUGAUUCCUGGGAAUAUUGGGAAACCAAUGUGAUUGAAUAGACUAUUUCAUACUUGCGAAUAAUAGUGAAAAUGAAUAUAUUAUUAUAGUAAUCGAUGAGCGGUUUAUCAUUAGUAGACGAUUCGUCCAUUUGUUCCGUUCUGCACUGCGUAUAAAAUAAAUAGGUCAAUAAUAUCUCUA